GCCCUUUCCUUUCAUUGUCCACAAAUUGUUCUCUAUAUUGUCCCACACACAGAACAAGAACAACUACAGGAAGAAGGAGAAAGAAAAAAAAAAAAUUCCGUGAUUGCAUUUUCAGAGGAGAGGAUAACAAUUGAGGUGUGGUGAAGAAUUUGUUGGAGUGAGGGGGGUCCCACCUACCCUUCACAUUCAUUAUCUUCUUCAUCAGAGUCUCUUUUUAAUCCUCUUCUCUAUUCUGCACCAUCCCAAGUAUUGUCCUUUGCCUUGGUUCCAUUGUUUUUGUGAAUCUUGAGGGUCUUGUGUGGGCCUCUUGCUGCUUAAGUUCCAACUAGCUAGAUCUACUUUAUUCUAGCUACACACCAAUUAUAUAUACAUAAGAUUUGGAGAUUCUGCACACCAAUUAUAUACAUCAGAAUCUCUUAUUAUAUAGACUCAUCUUCCAUCUUUUUUUUUCUUCCAUUUUUCAAUUCCAUUUCUAGGUGCUAUAAAACCUGUUAUCAGAUCUUGGUUGCCCCACUUCCAUUUCUUGCUGUGUUGUUGUUCCCCUCCUCAUAAGGACCAUUGUAUAAUACAAAUUCUUCAUUCUUCAUUGAAUGACAGCUAUUUAGGUUGACUACACGGUUGUGUUGUUGUUCUCUCCUCUUUAUUGGAAGCCAAUAGGAGAGAGAGAGUUAGUAUUAUUAAGCUACUGUGUGAGGCUUAUUUCCAUGGUUCAUUCGUGUGGCUGUCUACCUAAUUUGUUCUGAUCUAACUUUGGCCUAGGAGGCCCACCAUUGGGUUUUGGUGGGCUUUCAUUGAACCAAUAAAAAACCCAUCUUUAAAAGGUGUUUUGUUUUGAAGGUUCCAAUUUGCUUCCUGUGUUUCUUUCCAACAAGGAAGGGAGGGUGUGUAAUUAAUUUGUGUCAAGUAGUGAGUGAGGUCAUUUUUGGUUUUGCUUUUCCCCUUGUUAGCCAUUGGUGUUGCACAAUUGGCAUUAAGGUUCUAUUAUAACAUAUGCCAAACUUGACCUGUGAAAGAUAUCCUAAUUCCUAAGUGCUAAUGCUACUCUACUUUAUCACUUGCAUCUCCUUCUUUCUGUUUUUAAAGCCUAUCCUCUCUCUCAAAUCACUCCCGUCAUGGGCAAGUGAAGUGAGGUUGAUCUCCCCUUUGUUUUACAAAGACUUGUCUGUGAAGUCCAUCUCUAAGUUGUUUAGGAAACGCCUUUGGCUUGGUUUUCUUGGUCAAAUUCCGACAAGGAUGUCUCUAGUGAACAAGUCUUCAAAGGUGGAGAUUAUUGAGGACUCCCAAGACAUGUCAGUGUUGGACUUGCCAGAGCUGGUGUUGGAAUGCAUUCUUGAAAAGCUCCCUCCACCUUCACUUUGUCAAAUGGCCGGGGUUUGCCGUUCCCUAAGGGAGAGCUGUGUGAGUGAUCACCUUUGGGAGAGGCACAUGAAACAGAAAUGGGGCAGAGUUAUUGGUCAAGCUGCUUAUAGGGAGUGGAAAUGGCAUGCUGCUUCUAAAGGGAAUGUUGGAACUCUUAGACAUGGCAAGCAAAGGAGCUUGUUGAGGCUGGUGUCACUUAGUUGGCCUUUUUCAUGGAUGAGAACCAAGGUAGAUGCAAAUAAUAGCAUCAAGCAGCAAAGUUAUUUGCCUCCUGAUUCACUCAUGACAUGGUAUCUUGCUCUUGAGACUGGCAAUUUCUGGUUUCCUGCUCAGGUCUAUAACCGUGAGAAUGGCCAUGUUGGAUUUAUGUUGUCAUGCUAUGAUGCUGAGCUUAGCUAUGAUCCUCACACUGACACCUUCCAGGCCAGAUAUCCACCACAUGGAAGAAGGGCAGUUGCAGUAGAGCAUGGCAUUCCAUGGGAAAGGCUAAGAGCACCACCUGUUGAUACUCCUCCACAUGAUCUUCAUAUUUCUGAUUGUCUAUAUGAUUUGCAUCCCGGUGAUCACGUAGAGAUUCAGUGGAGAAGAAACAAAGAAUUUCCUUAUGGUUGGUGGUAUGGUGUUGUAGGCCACUUGGAAGUAUGCGAUGGGAAUGAAAAUUACUGCCGUUGUCAUAGUAGUGACACAGUGGUGCUAGAGUUCAAUCAGUACAAUCCUGACUCGCGUUGGGGGAAAACAACUAUAAGUAGAAGAGAUCAUAGAGAGGAAGGAAAUGAAGCAGAUGGUUUUUAUGGAGGAAUCAGAAAGAUUAAGAGUGAGACUGAGAUUUCCAUUUGGAAAAGCAUUUGGCCUUCUGAAGUCUUGGACUAAUCAGAUCUAAUUUUCCACUUAGCAUUAUGUCAAGACUAGUAUUCUUAUUAAGCAUUGGCAGAGGCAGGUUCUUCUGCAUUGGAGAAAAAAGGGUAUAGGAUUCUCAUUCAACCAAAUGAGCGUUUGAGGCUACCUAUUUACUUUCCCCGUUUUAUUUAUCCCAUUUUUUUUCAUGGUUAAGUUUAGCUUGUGAUUUCAAUAAAUGUAAAUUACUCAUUUAUGCACUGAUGGCGUAGAAUAUUCAUUCCACAAUAUAUAGAAUGAUAAAAAUCUCUGAUUUUCUCAUAUUAGUGAACGUUGAAAUCACAUAGCAAUGCAAGUAUACAACUUUCGUA